AUGGAAAACACGUCGAAAACAAAUAAAAAGGAUAUUCAAGACGGACUGCCAAAAGAAGUCAAAUUGCCUAUCGGUGAAGCACUUCUCGACUAUCACUGUCAAAUAAAGGAAAAUGCAGUAGAACGAUUCAUGGCUCAAAUAAAGAAAAUUAGAGAAAAGAACCAAAAAUAUCAUGAAAGAAAUAAACGCUUAAAGGAUGAACAGAUUUGGCACAUAAGGAACCUACUAAAGGAACUGAGUGAGGAGAAGUCAGAGGGAUUAGCAGUUGUAACAAGAGAGGAAGUUGAAAAAGCAAUGAAGGAAAAAUGGAAGUUUGUAAGAGACCAGAACAAAACUUGAAAGGAUAUGCGCAUCCAAAUAAAUGACGCUGAGAAACUAUUUCUUGAGAAACUCAGUGAGAAAGAAUAUUGGGAGGAGUACAAGAAUGUAGGGAGUGAACAACAUGCUAAACUCAUUACCUCCUUACAGAAUGACAUCAACAGAGUUAAAGAGACUGCUGAGAAAAUGUCAGAACAGUAUAAAAUCACCCUGGAAGAUGAUAGAAAGAGAAUAAUCAGAGAAACUUUGUUGCAACUGAACCAAAAGAAGGAAUGGGCCACAGAGAAUGCUAUAAGGUUCAUUGACAAGGGCAGCUAUCGAGAGAUCUGGGAGAAUGACUGGCUCAAAAAAGAGAUCGCAAAUCACAGGAAGGAAGUGGAAGAACUGGAACAUGCUAUUCGUGAGGUGGAAGGAGAAAAUUUGGUGCUUAUUUAUCAGCUGUUCAACUGCAGACUUGUGGAUCUCAAAAUACCCAGGCGACUAUAUCUUGCUCAAGCUGUUGGACAGGAAGUGCCACAUGAAGAAAUGCCUUUGGAGUUGCCAGAAACAUAUAUAGAAAAGUUACAAUUACAACCUGCAGAAGUAAAAAGUAGAGACUUGUUGAGCUUAUCACUUGGGAGCAGUGCUUUACAUCUUAGUCAUGAGGAUAGCAGCAGAUACGGCCAGCAUCUGAAGAUAGAUGAAGAGAGUUCAAGUAUAGAGUUUGGAGCCUCUGAUAGGAAAUACUUACUGUAUGAGGAUGAGCGGGAUUUCAAGGAUUAUGUAAACUUGCGCCCCCUGGAAGUGAAGCUCAUGACUGUGGAGAGCAAGAAAAUGCCCAUCCAUUUCCAAGAGAAGAAGACUCCAGUCAAAUUCUAUGACGAUGUCAGGAGCCCGGAAAGCCACAUCACAUAUAAAAUGAUGAAGUCUUUUCUCUAA